AUGUCCGCCUCAGCCGCUGCUGCGCCAGCUGCGGGUCCCUCCCGAACCCUUCCUAUCAAUCUCUUCACGCACCACUCUCCCGACUCCAUCCCUUCCUCGACCUACCUCCUCCCGGCCUCAUGGCGCCGCUUCCAGCUCUCUGAGCUGAUCAACAAGGUCUUGCGCACGGAUGCGGAAGUGGAGGCAAAGCCGGUCCCAUUCGAAUUUGUCAUCGAUGGAGAAGUCCUGCGGGGCAGUCUAGAGGCGUGGGUAAAGAAGUACAGACAGGGGGAUGAGGAACGGGUGGUGGAUGUGGAAUAUAGGCGGACAUUGCGGGUCCCGCAGGAGGUGGCGAGGCGGGAAGUGGAGGACUGGGUCAGCGGCUUGAGUCUGGCACGACCCGGCUACAUUCUGUUGUCGUCUUACCUCUCCCAUUUGCAGCUCAUCCCCCUCGCCUCGUUCACCUCGCCCGCUCAGCCGCUCACUCUCAACCUCCCUUCUCUUCUCGGAGCCACGUGCUGCACCUACCUCUCGCCCUCAUCAGUGUUAUCCAACGUUCGCGUCGCCGCGGGUGGCGUCGACCGCCUCGUCCACAUCUUCGAGAUCCCAUCUCUCGACCCCUCAGCCCCGUCCACUUCCGCACGCGAGGUAUACUCCCUACACGGUCAUACCGGACCCAUCUCAUCCGUCAUCUCGGGCCGUGAAGGCAAAGACGUCGUCUCAGGAGCAUGGGACGGCGCCGUCAACCUUUACGUCCUCCCCGAAUUCGAACCUACCGAGCAUCAAUUGGAGGCUAACCCAUCUACGUUCCUCCCGGGCCAGAAGAAACGGCGGAAGGCGAAUCCGAGUGGCGUGAGCAUAGUGGAGGGUCUGAAUGAUGGGGAUGUGGGAGAGGGAGGAUGGAGGAGGGGACCGGAUACGGUCUUCAGGGGGCAUAACGGCCGAGUGGGUGCGCUGGUAUGGGAUAAGAGAGAUAAGGAGAAGGUGUGGAGUGCGGGUUGGGACGGGAGCGUCAGGGGUUGGGACUUGGAGAUGGGCCAGGAGGGAGUUGUCAGGCAAGGACCGAUGGACAAAUCAAUACUGUGCAUGGAUCAGUGGGCUUCAACGGGUACGCUGGCGACGGGUGCGAUGGACAGGACGAUCUGUCUUUGGGAUACAAGAGAGGCCACAUCGCUCAUCUCCUUGACUAUCCCGACCGCCUCUCCUGUCCCUUCCUUGACCUGUCAUCCAACCUCCCAGUUCACCCUCGCCGCCGCCACCUACUCGGGCCAUAUCCAAAUCUGGGAUGUCCGAUCACCCAAACAUGCCAUCUUUUCGGUAUCGAAGGCGGCAACGCCGGCAGCUGGAGCGGGAGGGAAGAAGAGGGAGGUGACGAAGAAUGGAAAGGUGUUGGGCGAGAGACUAUUAGCGUUGGACUGGGAUGGCGAGAGGGUCGUAGCGGGAGGGGAGGAUGGAGAAGUGGGACUUUGGGAUGCGCGGGGGGAGUAA